GAAGCGCUUUCAGAAGUGGUCGGAGCUCUGCGUUGUCCUAAUCGUGUGACACGUGUUGGGGAUCUGUCGGGUCUCUAGUAUUUUUUUUUUUUUUUUUAAAUACAUCAAAAGCAAAAUGGCUAAAAGCUUAAGAAGCAAGUGGAAAAGGAAAAUGCGGGCAGAAAAGAGAAAAAAGAAUGCACCUAAGGAACUUGCCAGAUUGAAAACUGUAUUGGCCAAGGGAAGCAAUGUACUUAUGGAUGACGUGAAAGAAAUUGCAACCAUUGUGCCUGCAAAGAAAAUAAAUGAGAAAAUGGACUUGGACGUUGAUGCGCCUGAAGGUGAGUCAAGUAAGAUGGAUACGGAAUUAAAACGCAAUAAGAAGAACCUGCGUGACCAGCACGGCCAGUAUCCUGUAUGGUUCAAUCAAAGACAGCAAAAAAAGCUGAAAUCACAAUGUGGAAAGAAAAAAGGCAAAUCCAAGCAGGCAAAGAAAUUGGCUUGGUAGAUAUUUCAUUCCCAACCUGUACAAAGCAAAUUUGACAGGAGUGAGUUCCAGCUGAUUCAAUGUACUUGCUGUUUGUCAUAAAGAGCAAGAAUCAUCUACAGCAGAACAGAUGAAAAUAAAAUUAUACCUGGCUUAUAGAAGCAGACUGUACUGUGGAUAAUGAAUAAUGGCGUCUUGUAUUUUAAAGUCUGCAUUUUUGAUAGUUUAAAAAGGCUUUUUUUGUUUCUUCUGAGUUGAACUGAGCUGCAUGUUAACUAUGUACUGCUGCAGCUCUGUGUGACAUCCUCUUACUUUUUGAGUUGAAAACACAAUCGCAUUUGUUAUAGUUCUGAAUAUGCAUUCUCAACAGGUUUAUUGUCUUCUCUGGAUGCAUGAGUGACAGAGAACAUGUGCCCAUGUUGAUUAAUAAAUCACCUAUAGUUUUUUAAAGAACAGAACUAUAAAAUACACUGUACAAUUAACCCUCUGUGAGACUAGUUAAUUCUUGCUAGAUAUUCCACUUAUGUACUGAAAAUAAUAAUCGAUGCUAUUAUAUUGAUGAUAAUACAGGAAGGUUGCUCAA